GCAGCAUCUGGCGAGCGCUUGGUGAGGUCUGCUCGGUGGAAGGGGAGAGAGAAUGCAGACUGGGGCCGUGAAUAGUGGUCUCGGGUGCCAACAGGUGCACUAACCGAGAGCUCGCAGGAACUCGGCUCGAUUCCAAGAAGAAUGCGAUCUGCCCUCCGUGCAGGAAGUCCGGCUCCGGCGCCAGGACGCGCACCCUACCCGCUGCCCCAGGCCCGAGUGGCCGACGCGCCCCGCGGGCGAGCAGACAGGGCGGCGGCCGGAGCGCCAGACACAGGGGACGCGACAGCUGGAGGGAGGCGAGACCGGUUCGCCAGGCCCCGGGACCAGCGCAGGGACUGCCCCCCGCCAGGUAACAGAAAAGAUCCCUGAGUAACUGCAAAUGCAAGAACAUUUUAGCACUCCAGGGUAAAGAAUCUGUGCCAGCAUGUCUGCCUACUACAGGAAUAACGGGUACGAGGAAGAUCCGGAUGACCCUGACUAUUCAGGGUCUCGGAACCCUACGCGAGGAUAUUUGAAAACUCAGGGUUAUUCAGAUUCUCCAGGUCCUCUGAACCACUCGGGUUACCCCACCAGCAGGAACCCAUACGCUGCAGACUCCAGAACAAAUCCAGACUAUCCUGCGUCUCUAGCAGAACCAGAUUAUCCUGGAUCUCAGAGUAAUCCAGACUACCCUGGCAGCAGAAGCAACCCAUACUCUGGAGGCUCCAGAAGAAAUUCCGACUAUCCUGGGUCUCUAGCAGAACCAGAUUAUCCUGGAUCGCAGGGUAAUCCAGACUUCCCUGGCAUCAGGAGCAAUCCAUACUCUGCAGGCUCCAGAAGAAGCUCAGACUAUCCCAAAUCUCUGGCAGAGCCAAAUUAUCUUGGAUCUUGGAGAAAUCGGUACCCUCCAGGCUCAUCCAGAGAGCCAGACUACUCUGAAUCUCAACGAAAUCCUGACUUUGCAAGUUCCAGAAGCAGUGGAAACUAUGCACGCUCCAGAACAAAUCCUGAUUAUCUUGGCUCCUUGGGAGAACCAGACUACCCUGGAUCUCAGGGAAACUCUAACCAUCCUGGCCCCAGAGCCGGUUCCAACCAUCCAGGCUCCAGAAGGAAUCCAGAAUAUGCUGGUUCCAGAAUCAGUCCAUAUAGAGACUCUCUGGCACAGCCUGACUAUCCAGGUGCCGAGAAUCAACCUAACUCUCCACACUUUUUUGGGGAACCAGACUAUCCCGGUGCUGAGAACAAUCGGAACUCUUCAAACUUUUGGGGGGAGCCCGAUUACCCAGAUGCUGAGGAUGGUCGUGCUUCUGGCUCUUCUGAGACCCCGGAAGUGACCAGGGAACUGCUCAACAGAACAUCUUCAAUCCAGCACUCAUUUCGUCAUGGGGGUGACGGCCCCUUGGGCAUCCUUGAGAGAGAGUAUGAAGAUUACCCUGAAAGCAUUGAAAUGAAUUCCAUGGAGAUGGCAAAUCCAUAUGGCCGCUCUGUGCCAGGUGCUCCUGGAAAUGGCUAUGUGAACCCUGCGUUUGUGGGUGAAGGCAGCCCCAGCCCAGCUAAUGGGAACCUGCCGUUGUCUGGGAACGAUUGGCACAAGUCACCCCAAGGACAAAAGUUAAUUGCAUCUCUGAUACCCAUGACAUCCAGAGACAGAAUUAAAGCCAUCAGGAGCCAGCCAAGGACCAUGGAAGAGAAGAGGAACCUUAGGAAAGUGGCUGACAGAGAGAAGAGCAAGCGCUCCCACGGUAUCUUUGAGCUCAGCUGCUGCGCGCAGUGUCUGAACUCCAUUUCACUGGCAUACCGGAGAUCCAAAAACAGCCUGUCGGAGCUGCUCAGUUCCGUCAGCCUGUGGCAGAAGACGCUCAAGGUCAUCGGAGGCAAGUUUGGAACCAGCGUCCUCUCCUAUUUCAACUUUCUGAGGUGGCUUUUGAAGUUCAACAUUUUCUCGUUCAUCGUGACCUUCAGCUUCAUCAUAAUCCCUCAGUUUACCGUAGCCGAAAAGAACACCCUGCCGUUCACCGGGUUGGAAUUUUUCACGGGGGCGGGUUAUUUCCGGGACACGGUAAUGUACUACGGCUUUUACACCAACUCCACGAUCCAGCACGGGAAGGGCGGGGCAUCCUACAACAUGCAGCUGGCCUACAUCUUCACCAUCGGGGUGUGUUUGAUCAUCUGCUUCUUCAGUUUGCUGUUCAGCAUGGCGCGGUACUUCCGGAACAAUUUCAUUAACCCCCACAUCUACUCCAGAGGGAUCGCUAAACUUAUCUUUUGCUGGGACUUCACCGUCACUCAUGAGAAAGCUGUCAAGCUGAAACAGAAGAAUCUUAGCACCGAGAUAAGGGAGAACCUGUCCGAAAUCCGUCAGGAGAACGUCAAGUUAACGCUCAAUCAGCAGCUGAUCCGCUUCUCUGCCCACCUGGCAGCCUGGGUUGUCUCUACCGGGGUGGCCAUCGCCUGCUGUGUAGCCGUUUAUUACCUGGCUGACAACAACUCCCAGUUCCUACAGAGCCACAGGAACCCCGGUGCGGUGCUGCUACUGCCUUUCGUCGUGUCCUGCAUCAACCUGGCCGUGCCACGCUUCUACUCCAUGUUCGGGCUGGUGGAGCGGUAUGAGAUGCCGAGGCACGAAGUCUAUAUCCUCCUCAUCCGAAACAUCUUUCUGAAAAUAUCAAUCAUUGGAAUUCUUUGUUACUAUUGGCUCAACAUUGUGGCCCUGGCUGGUGAAGAGUGUUGGGAAACCUUCAUUGGUCAGGAAAUCUACCGGCUCCUUCUGAUGGAUUUCGUGUUCUCUUUAGCUGAUUCCUUCCUGGGGGAGUUCCUGCGGAGAAUCAUCGGGACGCGGGUUUUCACAAGUCUUGGCUUGCAGGAGUUUGACAUUGCCAGGAACGUCCUGGAACUGAUUUAUGCACAAACUCUGGUGUGGAUCGGAACUUUCUUCUGUCCUCUGCUGCCCUUUAUCCAGAUGAUUACUCUUUUCAUCAUGUUUUACGUCAAAAAUAUCAGCCUGAUGAUGAACUUCCAGCCUCCGAGCAAAGCCUGGCGGGCAUCACAGAUGAUGACGGUCUUCAUCUUCUUGCUCUUUUUUCCAUCCUUCACCGGGGUCCUGUGCAUCCAGGCCAUCACCAUCUGGAGAUUGAAACCUUCAGCUGACUGUGGCCCGUUUCAAGGGCUGCCCUUCUUCAUUCACACCAUCUACAGCUGGAUCGACACCCUGAGUAAAAGGCCCAGCUACCUGUGGGUUGUCUGGAUCUACCGGAACCUCAUCGGAAGCGUGCACUUCUUUUUCAUCCUCACCCUCAUUGUGUUAAUCAUCACGUAUCUUUACUGGCAGAUCACAGAGGGAAGGAAGAUAAUGAUCAGACUGCUCCAUGAACAGAUCAUUAAUGAGGGCAAAGAUAAAAUGUUCCUGAUAGAAAAGUUGAUCAAGCUGCAGGAGAUGGAGAAGAGAGCAAACCCCAGCUCGUUCCCACCGGAAAGGCGAAACAUGGAGCAACCAGUCUCUUUGCACGUCAGGGAACAUGAUGCUGCUUGUGCCCCAGACCUGCGAUUUAGGCGAUCAGUUCAAGAAGAUAAUCCAAGGGCCUGAUGAUUAUUGCGGCAGCAGACAGCAAUCAAAUAAGGAAAGAAGACAAAGAUGGAACAACUUCUUCCACGACACCUGGGCCUGUCGGAGCUUUCCAGAAGGGGAAUUCAAGCCACUAGCUGGGAGUGGAAACUGACCACAGUGUAAAUACUGAAGUCAAAUCGGCCAUUCCCUGCUGGUUUUUUUUAACACCUGAAUUGCUGAGUUUUCAAGAUAAAAUAUUUGGGAUUUUCUAAUAAAGACUGUUGUAAUAUUUAAACUAGUUCACAAAAACAUGGGGAGAGAGAACCUGGGAAUGAUGUAUUUUGUCUUCGAGAGAUGUGCUGUGAAUCGUGGGUCCUUAGAAGUCCCUCCUCCCAGACCUCCCAGACCUCCCAGACCUGGCGAAGGUUUGAAAACUGGUGCUAAGACAAGUAUCCAGCCUGAAUAAAAAUGUGGCCCUCAAUCAGAGAUGUGAAGCCUGUGAAUUGUGGAGCCUGCAUGUGUUCAUGACAUGGAACUGAAAACAUCCCCCUGGUACCCGAAGGUGAAAUACAAUCAGAGGCCUUGUCGGUGCACUUUAUUGCGUGUUGAGUACAUGAGUG